AUGUACGUACGAAGAAAGAAUUGUGAAUACGGACGUAUCAAGCGGACUAGUCGAAAAAAUAAAGCCUGUGACACAUUUUCCACUAAUUUUGGAUCUUAUUUGAAGUUGCUCUUGGCUUGGGCAGCAAUUAUGACGCUGGACUUCCUCAUGGAGUUUCGAUUUGAGUACAUGUGGCCAUGCUGGCUUUUAAUGCGAACCAUCAAUGAUUCCUUCAAAUAUCAGGGCUUGUACUUUGGGCUUUGUGUGGGGUACUUGCCCUGUUCUGUCUUACCAGCCUUCCUACUUGCUCACACUUAG